CUGAUAUAAACGUCUAUCUGACACGUCACCUCACAGAACUUAUAUGGAAUAUGAUGAUGGCUGCAGUGCAAAAUGCGUCUCGCCAACUAAUCGAUGACUACUAUGCUGGCGAGGAAUGUGAUAAUACACACUCAUCUCUACACCUUUAUCCCCAUCAUCUGUGGACAAAACUUGUCACUCUACAGAAACACUUUCUGAAUGUUUUUUCCUCAAUCUACUGUUCUCAAAUGAUGUUCAAUUUCUUGAACGUCCUGUGUUUUGGAUCGUUCUGCAUAAAGUACAUUUCUAAUGGGGGCCUGUUCAGUGUUGAGGAUAUGGAAUAUAACGAAAAUCUCUAUUAUGAAAGAUUUCAUACUGAAAUGGGGCUAAGUUUUGUCUACCUAAUGAUAAGUUCUACUAUGGUGGACAAUGCACAAAAAAUGAUUGAAAAAGAAACAAAGAGGAAACUCUUGAUAUGAUUCGAAUAAGCAAAGAGAAGAAUCUUCCUUGUAAU